GCCACUUUGGGCACGCCAUAUUUUGCAGGAACGAAAAUUCGCGUUGUGUACUAGCAAAUACCAGAAAAUCAAUAAGAAUUGCUGGUAAAAUUGUUUAAAAUCAGUGCGAAUCGCGAGUGACCUUUGAUUGGGCCGUAGGCUAGGGGGUUGAGGCAUUCGCAGCUGUUUCUUAACGUCACAAACGCGACAACGACGUAGAAAAGAAGAAGAACGUCAACUUUGGGUAGCCAGUUAAAAGCAUUAUUAAUAAUUAACAAUGAAGGAAUUGUCAAGUGCCAGCAAAAGUCAGGCGCAAACCUCAGAGGGCAGAGGCUCCAUUAUAACCUACAGUCCCAGCAAAUUUCUGACUCGCGUUGGAGCAGGCAGAACGACAUUCAGCACACAUACACACACAUCAACAGCAACGUCGGCGGCGGCGACGACCGCAACAAAAACAAACAAUUCGCCAAUGGGCGGAUCCAGUGCCUCUUAUUAUGUGGUAAAGGCCGGCUCCCUGGGCAGCGCUGCCUCCAUGUCGGGCUCCAUCAAAGUCAGUUCUCCGCCAAAGGCGCCGCCGAUGAUUAAGUCACCCGCCCUGGUCGUUACAUCGCCCUGCACGCCAACAGAGAGUUCCAGUACCAUUUCGGCGCCUAGUGAAUCCUCAUUUAGCGAGAAAAUGGAGCACAGCUAUAUGCGAGAUACGCCAGUGCGCAGCGAUGUUACCAACGGCCUCACGCCCGCAAGGAACAUUCUGGUCCGCCAUCCGCCACAGUGUCCCAGCUGCCAUACAUAUCCGCCGCAGCAGGAGGAACUGUCCGAGUUGCAGCAGGCACAUGUGCCGCCCUACGAUGAGAUCGCCGCCAAGGAGGCAAUGAAUGAAUGCGCUCGCAUUGCCAAAUACGUGAAGAACAACAAUUCGGAUGAACAAGAUUGGGUGGCGCGCGUUAAUAAAUUUAAUUGGACGCCCACGCAGGAGAUGGUUUUCGAAAAGGUCUGCGCAAUUCUGGACCAGGAUCAGUUGGCUCGCCUGGCCAACGACAAACGCCAGCACGAGCCUAUUCACCGUCGCAUAAGCUCGGACAAAUCCGCGUCCAGGUUUCGUAAACUUCUGGCCAGCGUGGCUUGGGAGUCACGCAUUACGCAGUGGAUUCAUGCUCUCCUAAUGGAGCACUUAUCGCCCUCAUAUAUGGCCUCAUACCUGGAAAUUCUGCAGACGCUGAAGACCAAGUUGCCCACAUUAGUGGACAAGAUGCUGUUUGGAAGGCCAUUAAAUAAUAGUCAAGAGCUGCUGGCACCGGUGAUGAAAAAACGCUGGGAACCAAAUAUCCUACCCAAGGGUCGUCAACUCACGCAUAACGCCAUCAUGGUGGUGCUGCCCACAAUGCCGACCAGUGGAACAGUGUCGGAUCGCAUGCAGAAGUGGUACCAGUCAUUGGCUACUAUCACUCAGGUCGUUCAGAUUUCGCUGCCGAAUACGAACAACCGAAUUGGCAAUCAGAAUCUAGACCAGGUGUCUGAGACCAUCGUGUCUCUCACACGCGUCAAAAUCAAUGAAUUGCGCACAGACAACCCGAACCGUGGCAUAAUACUCGUUGGAUUUAAUGCUGGAGCUGCCUUGGCCCUGCAGGUUGCUCUUUCGGAGAGCGUUGCCUGUGUGGUGUGCAUGGGAUUUGCCUACAACACCAUGCGUGGGCCACGGGGAACCCCCGAUGAUCGCAUGCUGGACAUAAAAGCACCGAUACUCUUUGUCAUCGGUCAAAAUUCGGCACGCACAAGUCAGGAAGAAAUGGAAGGGUUGCGCGAACGAAUGCAGUCUGAAUCUUCGCUGGUGGUAGUGGGAAGUGCAGAUGAUGCACUGCGUGUUCCCAAGAGCAAGCGCCGAAUAGAAGGCGUUACACAGUCCAUGGUUGAUUAUAUGGUUGUCGAGGAAGUCUUUGAGUUUGUAAACAAAACGCUAAGCAAUCCACCUGGACCGCGGAUGCCCACAUCUUUAAUGCACCAACAGGGCUACCAGCGACAGCAAAAGCAGUCAGCUCACAUCCUGGCCGAUGGAAACGCAAACAAAGCUGUUCAGCAGAUGCGUAAGCGAAAGAUGGACGGUACUUUAGACGACUCAAUGGGACUGCCGUCCAAAUCAAAGUUUCUCCCUCACAAUCGCGUCCACAAGCCGAAGCCACCGCGCCUCAUUGAUCCGUUUGCUGUGAAGCGAAAGGUUGGAAGACCCCGAACACGCCCCCUUCCCAAUGUCGGUGGCUCGGCACGCUCUGUUAGACAAAAAGGUGCACCUCAUCCAGACAAACCGAAACUGAGCAGCGAAGAACUAAACCAAUCCAUUGAAUUCAUACUAGAUGAUGCCCUGGACUAUGAAGAUGGCCAAACCACUGCGGGUGGGUCGGCAGGCGUGCCAAAGGUGAUAACUCCCGCUGUUUUGGGAAAACAACUGCCGCCCGUCAAUCUCGCAGCUGGCACCAAGAUUAAGAUGAUCCCAUCCAGCCAGUUCGUUCAAAUCAAAUCGCUACCGACACAGGGCAAACUCAUUAAUUACACGCUGAACAAACCGAGUGUCGGGACAGCUAGCACCGCCACCAUUGGCAGCAUUGUAAAGACCCUACCAGUCUCAUCCGUUGGUGGCCAGCAGAUCUUCACCCUAAAAACGCCCUCGGGACAAACGCAGCAGUUUGCAACAGCAGCAACAUCAUCAGGAGCAGUUGGCUCAUCGACAUCAACAGGAACGGGACAGCAAAAGUACACAGUGUUUAAGAAUGCCAACGGCAUGACCAUGCUGCAUCUUACCAAGAGCGUACCCACUGCAGCUUCUGGCAGCAGCUCUGGGAGCAUGGAUUUGUCCAACAUUAUCGAUAUGCCCAUUGUUUUUGCCGACAACGAAGGCAACAUCCCGGAGCAUCAACAGGCGGAGAAGGAUAUUAAGACAGCCCCCAUUCGAAGUGCCAGCAAGAGCCCGCUGAUCAUCAGUCAGAAAAUCAUAAAGGAGGCUAAUAAACCCUCAGGCAUGGUUAGCAGUGGAAGCCUUGGUGGUGUCAGCAAGCCGGGAAAUAUUGUGCUUAACAAAGGCCUUCAGCAAUUGCUUACCCCUUCAACCGGCGGCACACUUACCACUCAGAAUAAAGUCGUGUACCUUAACCGGAGCACAAUCAAACCAAUGGGUAAUAUGGUGUCUGGUGCUCAUCGUGUCCCUAUACGUAUUGUGAGCAGCCCAAAGACAGGAGGAGCAGUGACGACCACAGCUUCCAGUAGUCCCAUCAUGGUCGAUCCAGCCACAGGAUCUCUGGUUACCAAAACCGUCAAUGUGCAGACAAUCAAGCCCACUGGUUCUGUAUUGGCUCAAGGCACUAUCCGUCAAGCGGGCAGCGUGGGCAGCAAGGCCUACCCCCAGUUCCAGAUGAUCAAUACGGGAGCUUCGGGAUCGUCCAAAACGGUUGCUGGAGACGGCAAGGGUUCUGUACGAAACAUCUAUUUUAAAUCCGCAACCGGCCUCAAGCAGCUGCCAGUGCAGAUGCUGGGCAAUCGUAUACCGGGUGGCGCCGUUGUUUCGUCAUCCGCAUCAGGAUCUUCCGGUACUCCUGGCGUGCGACGAGUGGUCAACAUUGGGCCCGUUUCCAAGGUGACGGCCACGUCGACAACACCAUCUUCGACAGCUGCUACUUUAACUCAGAACAAAAUGUAGAAUUGGACAAUGUUUUAAUUUUGUGCCUCUUACAUUUUAGUAAUUUGAUGAUAGCUUUUGUAAAUAUGUUAAGCCAUUAAUUAAUAAGUGAUUAAGGCGUCUUGAAUUACCCAUUUCCCUUGAUUGCAAGGAUUAUAAUUUCGUUCAA